CUCGCCUGCUACCUCGAGUGUGAGUGUGGCUGGGUUCUUAGGUGUGGCUGCCAGUACCUAACUUUAGGUAAUCCCGCAGUCGGGCCGGCACCCAGUUGAGUUACCAGGUUCGAUCAGCCGGCAACAGACACUUCAUGAACUAUAGGUAGUGUAAAUGACCAACCAUCUCAACCAGAAUAAUAAUUCGAUAGCAGGCUUUUCUGUACGCAGCUGCCUCGGGCAACCUCUCAGACAUUUGCCUUUCACCAGUCACUAUGAGUACCUUCGGAAGCCCUGGGGCUCUCCCAAAUACCAAGCCCACCCCACCACAGAGAGGGAGUUUUCCCCUUGAUCAUGACGGAGAGUGCAAAGAUGUCAUGAUGAGUUACCUAAGCUGUAUCAAGAAGGUCAAAGGCGUCAACCAGGACGAAUGCCGGCAACUGGCCAAGUCAUAUCUUGGGUGUCGGAUGGACCAUAAUUUGAUGGCAAAAGACGACUUCAAAAACCUGGGGUUUAAGGAGGACAAAACUCCCAGCCAGGCUGGGACCAACACCAACGGCGUCAAGGGCGAGCUUCAGUGGUGA